AAUCAAAAACAAUAGUCAAUUUCUUCUAAUAUUAUAAACAAAGUUCAAGUUUACAACACAAAAAGCAAGUGGACAAACGAGAGCAAAUACGUCGUAAUAAUACUUUGUAGACAUUGUCACUAAAUUUUAUUAUUCAAUUGAAAUUAAUUACUCUACAAUCUUACCAAUAGUGAACCAAAUCAAUAUAAAGGAACAACUAUAUACAUUUUAAACUUUUAGCAACUUUGUUGAAAAUAGUAUUGGUGUUAAUAAUUGUUUAAUCACAUUCGUAUUAGUAAAACUUCACAAUAAACGGAAUUUGGAGGAAGUGACUAACAAAAGUAUAUAUCUGUCUUCUGAAUAAAGUUCUUUAUUAGAUACAACUUGCAGAAUGGUUGAACCUAUUUUUGAUUACCAAUUUCGACUGAUUCUAAUUGGCGAUAGUACAGUGGGCAAGAGUUCGUUGCUCAAAUUCUUUACAGAUGGAAAAUUCGCGGAGCUAUCUGACCCAACUGUUGGCGUAGACUUUUUUGCCCGCUUGAUGGAAAUGAAGGAUGGAACUCAGAUAAAACUCCAACUAUGGGACACAGCUGGCCAAGAACGUUUUCGCUCAAUUACAAAAUCAUAUUACCGAAACUCUGUUGGAGUCUUAUUGGUAUAUGACAUAACGAAUUAUGCUAGCUUUGAACAUAUUCCGCUUUGGAUGAUGGAAGCCCAACGUCACAUUGAACCACAUCGUCCAGUGUUCGCAUUAGUUGGUUGUAAAUUAGACUUAGUGAAUGCCGGUGGUCGUCGAGAAGUAAGCACAGAGGAAGCACAACUAUUUGCCAAUCAACACGGUUUGCAUUUUGUUGAGACCUCAGCUAGGAAUGGGGUUAACGUUGAAGAAGCUUUUCGUAUGGUUACACAGGAGGUUUACGCCCGAAUACGUUCGGGAGAAUACAAAGUAGAAGAUGGUUGGGAUGGCAUAAAAACUGGAUUUGCACGACCUAAUAGUUUAGAUUUUAAUUUGGUCAUGGCUGAGCCAGAAAAAUCGUCUUGUUGCUGAUGUGUUUGUAAAUGAUGCUUCAUUCAAAGUCACUGGAUGGCAAAAUUAAUGGGUUUUCGUAAUUUGAAAAAGUAAAUGCGAACUUUAUCGUAUUUGGUUGAUUUAUGUAGUAUGAUGUGCAUAUAUUUCAUUUUCACAAGAUGAAACAGUAUAAGUAUACAUAUUUACAUACAAAGCAGUACGCAUUUCUUUACCGAGUUGGAGUACAGUCAAAAAAGGGACAGGUUACAGUUUUUAUUUUAAGAUUUAUAUGUUGUAAGAAACUUGUAUUUUAUAAAAAAAACUGCGAACGAAGCUAUUAUUACCAAAUAAUUAAACAAAAAACUGAAAGAUGAAAAAUAAAUAUUUUUAACUUAAUUGAAAUCAACAACAAUUGGAUGAUAUACAUAUUUAUAUAUAUAUAAUAAACAAUUGUGGGUACAUAAUUUUGA